AUGGCCAUUCGGGGCGCCACCACUGCCUCUGAAAACGCCCGUGUCCCUGGGAGAGCCCCUGGUAGCCCUGCCGUCCCUGGAGAGGCUCCUGGAGGCCUCAUGGUCCCUAAAAGGCCCGGAGAGCCCCUGGGGGUGCCUAUAUUCCUUGGAGGACCCCUGGGUGCGCCGCAGUCCCUGGCAUUGCCCUUGAGGGUCCCACCGCAACUGAGAGGGCCCCUGGAAGCGUCGCUCUUCCUGGAAGAGCUCCUAGGGCCGCCACCGGGUCUGGGAGGGCCCUUCAAAGCCCCAAUGCCACUGAAAGGGCUCCUUGAAGCACCGCUGUCCCUGAGAGAGCCCCUGGGAGCGCCAGAGCCCCUGGCAGGGCCCCAGGAAGCAACGCAGUACCUGGGAGGGUCCAAGGGAGUUCCACAAUCAAUGGCAGGGUCCAUGGGUGCACUACCGUCUCUGGGAGGCCCCUGGGGGGCUGAUAUCCCUGGGAGUGCCUCUGGGAGCGCCGCUUUCCCUGGGAGAGCGCCUGGGGGAGCCUGUGGCCAUGGGAGAGCCCCUGGGGGCGCCGCCGUCCCUGGGAGGGCCCUUGAGAGCGCCGCUGUCCCUACAAGCGCCGCUGUCUAUGGGAUGGCCCCUGGGGGUGCCACCACACCUGAGAUGGCCCCUCCGAGAGCCCCUGGGGGCACUCCUGUCACUGACAGAGCCCGUGGGGCACCACCAUCCCUGGGAGAGACCUUGGAGGCGCCAGCAGCUUUACCAGAGCCCCUGGGGGCGCCAGCCCUCCUAGCACAGCCCCUGAGGGCGCCGACAUAUAUGAGAGAGCCCUUGGGGGCGCUCGCGUCCAAGGCAGGGUACCUAGGGGCGCUGACAUCUCUUGGAGGGCCCCCAGGGAGCGCCCCUCUCUCUGUGAGAGCCCAUAGGGGCGCCAGCGUCCCUGGCAGGGUUCGCUGGAUGCGCCACCGACCUUGGGAUGGCCACUCGUGA